GUCGCUCACAUACUUCUUUCGACGCCCGUCUCUCCUUGCCUUCUCACGAACUUGCCUGUACAUAUACAGCUUCUACGACGGAUCUGCCUGCAUACGACCACCGCAUAAACACCGAAAGCACGUCACCUGCUGUACAAACCGACUGAAGCGCAAUGGCAGAACAGAGCAACUUCGACUUUCUCUUCAAGGUCGUCCUGAUUGGAGAUUCGGGUGUCGGCAAAUCUAACCUUCUCUCGCGAUUCACGCGGAACGAAUUCAAUCUCGAGUCCAAAUCAACAAUCGGUGUCGAGUUUGCGACACGCUCACUGGCUAUCGAUGGCAAGACUGUGAAGGCGCAGAUUUGGGAUACCGCUGGCCAGGAACGUUAUCGCGCGAUCACGUCUGCGUACUACCGCGGUGCGGUCGGUGCGCUGCUCGUGUACGACAUCUCGAAACACCAGACAUACAGCAACGUCACGCGAUGGCUGAAGGAGCUCCGGGAUCACGCAGACCAGAACAUUGUGAUCAUGCUCGUCGGCAACAAAAGCGAUCUGAAACACCUCCGGGCGGUGCCCACAGACGAGGCCAAGGCAUUUUCGUCGGAGAACGGACUGUCGUUCAUCGAGACUUCGGCGCUGGACGCCUCGAACGUCGAGUCUGCCUUCCAGACUAUCCUGACUGAUAUCUACCGGAUCGUGUCGAGCAAGUCCCUUGAGCAGUCGGCUGACCCGAUCAAGCCCUCAACUGGCGACAAUAUCCUUGUGACACCGAGCGUCGAUCCGCAAGCGCAGUCGGGGAGCAAGUGCUGUUAGACGUAGGGCUGUGUGGACGAUGCCAGGAUCAUCGGAUUUCUCUGUACAUAGCGAUACUUGGUCUUUGUUGUAAUUCUCGUGUUUUCGACCUCUUCGAGACAUUUGCCACGUCAAUGAAUGUGCAAUUAUUGUGGUCAGC